CUUCCGCGAGGCGGCAGCGCACAGGUGGGAGCCCGAGCCGCGCCGCGUCGCCGUCGUCUCGCCCGCUGCCGGGAUGCUCGCCGCGGGGACCCGCCGGCCGCGCGCGCUCGCAGGCCUCGAGAGCCUGUUCCGAACCCCGGCCAUCGUCACCUUGGCGGUCUUGGCCCUGAGCAUCGUGGUGCUCAUGACGAUCACACUGGUCCAGACCCACCACUCCGAGCUCAUCCCUCCAGGGCUGAAGUAUGGUGUCGUGCUGGACGCAGGGUCAUCCAGAACCACGGUGUACGUGUACCAGUGGCCAGCAGAGAAGGAGAACAACACCGGCGUGGUCAGCCAGACCUUCAAGUGCAGCGUGAAAGGCCCUGGGAUCUCCAGCUACGCGAGCGACCCUCAGGAUGCCCCCAAGGCCUUCGAGGACUGCAUGCAGAGAGUGCAGCAGCAGGUCCCAGCGCACCUGCACCGGUCCACACACGUCCACCUCGGGGCCACAGCUGGGAUGCGCUUGCUCAGGUUGCAGAACAAAACGGCAGCUGAUGAAGUCCUUGCCAGCAUCCAGAGCUACUUCAAGUCCCAGCCCUUUGACUUCAGGGGCGCUCAGAUCAUUUCCGGGCAAGAGGAAGGGAUGUACGGAUGGAUCACCACCAACUACCUUAAGGGGAACUUCCUGGAGAAGGACCUGUGGCACAUGUGGGUGCACCCGCGCGGGGCAGGCACCUCCGGCGCCCUGGACCUGGGUGGCGCCUCCACGCAGAUCGCCUUCGUGGCAGGGGAUGCGGGGAUGCUGAACACCAGCGAUGCCGUGCAGGUGACUCUGUACGGCUACACAUACACGCUCUACACACACAGCUUCCUGUGUUAUGGCCAGAAUGAGGCCCAGAAGAGGUUCCUGGCAUCGCUCCUGCAGAAUUCUUCCAGUGGCACCCAUGUCACCAACCCCUGCUACCCUCAGGGUUACCGUGUCACCGUCCCCAUGGGCCAAGUGUUCGACAGCCUGUGCACGGCCCAGCAGAGACCGGCCACCUAUGGUCCCCUCCGCGGCAUUGCUUUUGAAGGAACCGGGGACCCGUGGCUAUGUCGGGAGAAGGUGGCCUCCGUAUUUGACUUUGGGGCCUGUCGUGGACAGGAAGACUGCUCCUUCAAUGGGGUCUACCAGCCGAAGGUCCAAGGGCCUUUUGUGGCCUUCGCCGGCUUCUACUACACAGCCAGUGCCCUCAACCUCUCGGGCAGCUUCUCCCUGGACGCUUUCAACGCCAGCGUCUGGAGCUUCUGCUCCCAGGCCUGGGCUGAGCUCCCUCUCCUGCUCCCCAAGUUCAACGAGGUGUACGCCCGCUCCUACUGCUUCUCCGCGCAUUACAUCUACCACCUGCUGGUGCAUGGAUACAAAUUCACCCACGAGACUUGGCCCCAAAUCCAUUUUGAAAAAGAAGUGGGCAACAGCAGCAUAGGCUGGUCGCUUGGCUACAUGCUCAGCCUCACCAACCGGAUCCCGGCCACCAGCGCCCUGGUCCGCCUGUCCAUCCCGCCUCCUGCCUUCGUGGGCCUCCUCACCUUCUUCUCGGCCAUCCCCUUGAUGAGUCUGGCCUUCCUGGCCUUCCUGUGCUCUGUGUCCAGGACAGAGAAGCGCUCCGAGCACCCUCUUAAGCACACCGUGGACCCAGCCACCUCCCAGAGCUCAGCGGCAGCCGGUGGCUGGGCCACGGCACUGUCGGGCGCUGACUGCCGCCAGCACAGCCCUGCGAGCCCCCCACUCUCUGAGCCCCGCUCCUCCUGCCCCUGCCACCCUGGGAGGGGCAUAGAGGCACCUGGUCUGGGCCAGGACCUUCCCCCACUUCCCCACAGCAAGGGCGUGUGGGAAAUGCAAGGGUUUGGUGGGGAUGCUGAGCAGGGCUGAGUCUCCACUUCCUCCUCGGUGUCCCUCCUGGCAGGGCAGACGCCCGGACUAAAUAGUGACCCAUCGAGCAUUGCUUGGGGGCUCCAGCCAUGGGGACCACAGCAUGGGCUGGGGCAGUGGCUGGGCCCUUCAUCCACCGGGACCUGAGGCCCAGGGACCAAGGUGCCCCCUCUGUCCUCGGAUGGGCAGCACCCACUGGGCAGGGCACCUCACCUUGCCCCUGGGUCCUGCUCACUCCCACACACACGCUCACCCUGGGGACACACUUGCCCGGGAUUCGCUCACCAGUCAGAGCAGCCUGGGCCUUGACU